AUGAUGAGCAUCUGUGCACCGCCGGAGGGCAAGGGCUUCUUUAAGCGGUCUUCUGGGGAUCUCGCUGAAGGCCCAGAGAACCCUAGGGCAGAGGCCGUCGUGCACAGGUUAGACAAGGGGACAUCUGGUGUCCUGCUACUUGCAAAGACUUCAACUGCCGCUUCGUGCUUGCGGCAACAAUUUAAGGAGAGAAAAGUUAGAAAAACUUAUUUCGCCGUCAUACGGGGAGGACUAACGGGCCCAAUGACAGUCACAUCUUGCAUUGGAAGGCUCCACAGCGACCGCCGAAGAAUGCAGAGUGCGCGUCAGAUCUGGAGUGUACAUGCGUCUGCUACUCACGCCGUUGCAGGAAAACUAAGAGGGGCUGUCACCCUGUUCAAGCCUCUUACAUUUAAUGGGAAGUGGAGCGUUGUGCUAGCGUCUCCUGUAACAGGCAGGACUCACCAAAUUCGGCUGCACCUUCAAAUGCUAAAGACCCCAAUAAUUGGGGACCCUCUGUAUGGAGAUGCCUCCACAACUUCAGCCUUUUUGGCCUCCUCAACGGCUCGAAAAUCAGGAUCCCGCAGUGUGUUAUGCAGCGCCCACCGCAUUGCGGACGCCCACCAAAGAAGCCUUAACAAGGGAUUCUGUGGGGAUUUCCAUCGACCCUUGUUGCAUGCAGCUGAGCUGUGCUGCGUCCAUCCCACAACAACAGACACUCUGCGUGUAUGUGCGCCUUUACCACCUGACAUGAGGCAGGCCAUGGACAUUGUCGAUCCUCUUUGGCCUACAAUCCCUGAGCUCACCCCAUUCGCAGAGGGACCCCAAUAG